AGAAGACCAGGACUGUCAAGAGCCAAGCAGAAAUUGCAUGGAAAAAUACUUAAGAAAACAAAUUGAUAAUGUUAAACAGCAGGUUGUUUUUGAGGCCAUUAAGAAAUUUAUUUCAGCCAUCGAGACUGGGCGUGAAAACUUCCAGGAAAUCUUUCUGGAGAAACAAGCUUUAGUCACUACCCAAGAGGAGGAGCUGCAUAAAGAGGCGGAGUCUCUUGUUCGCCAUCGGAAGGAAAAUGCGUGGAAGCUGAUUCAGGCCAAGGAGGAGAAUCAGAAGUUGAAGGAGCAGCUCUUUGCUGCUCAGCAGCAGCUUUCAGAGAUUUCUGACAAGUACAUAAGUGGCCGCAGUGAGGCCAGAAAACAGGAAAGGAAAAGAAGAUUUUGUGCGAAGGAGACUGCCCAAGAUUUCAGGGAAAUAUUCACCAAGCAUAUUCUGCUGAGAAAUGCGGUGGAAAAGCUUGAGAAAGAGCGUAACGAGGUCAAAAAACAGCACAUGCUUGACGUUAUUGACCUAAAGAAGAAAAAUGCAGCAAAGGAGUUGUUGCUUAACAAGAAAAUAGCUGAACUGUCACAUAUGCUGGAGAGGAAUUCACCAAUGGCAACUGCAGAUAUAAUGUCCAGGUCACGUGAUCGGAUCGGGACAACCCUAGGACUAAAACCAGGACUACAUCCAGUACUAAAACCAGGACUAAAACCAGGACUACAUCCAGUACUAAAACCAGGACUAAAACCAGGACUACAUCCAGUACUAAAACCAGGACUAAAACCAGGACUACAUCCAGUACUAAAACCAGGACUAAAACCAGGACUACAUCCAGUACUAAAACCAGGACUAAAACCAGGACUAAAACCAGUACUAAAACCAGGACUAAAACCAGGACUACAUCCAGGAUUAAAACCAGGACUAAAACCAGGACUACAUCCAGUACAAAAACAAGAACUAAAAUCAGUACUAAAAUCAGGCCUAACAGGUUUCUCCUUGUAACUCAAACUCUUCUCCAGACUUUGGCUCUGAUUCAAACUCUUCUCUCAAAGUCGCAACAGGAAUGUGCAGUACUAAACCCGGACUAAACCAGAACUAAACUAGGACUAAACCAGGACUCUCAAAGACUAGAAGAAUACCGGGAGCGUUUGACAGACGUGAACCAGGUCCAGGCCCACACAGGAGUUGAAUCGUUAUUGGAAUUUCUCUGGAGACAAACGUUUAAGUCUCGUCUACAUAAAGAGUCUAAAUGGGCGACGGGAGGAAAAAGCUCGUGACUGAGAGAGUGUGUCUGAUGCACAAAGAGGAAGACGGAAAAACGAGAGCGCGCGCCCGGCGUCCGAAAGAGAGAAAAAAGAAGAGACGGACAGAUACUGAUACCAGAAACCAAAACCACACACAUUGGGGAAAAAAAUGUAUAAAGACGAGUGGAUCUAGAACUAUGUCCCGCCUCCCUGAUUUUAAAUUGUGAUUGACUGGUGGAUUAACCAAUAAGAGAGAUGCACAACUGUUUACAUGUAAAAAAUGGGAAAAACCAGGACUACAUCCAGUACUAAAACCAGGACUAAAACCAGGACUACAUCCAGUACUAAAACCAGGACUAAAACCAGGACUACAUCCAGUACUAAAACCAGGACUAAAAACCAGGACUACAUCCAGUACUAAAACCAGGACUAAAACCAGGA